UGCAACGGAGCCCAGAUCCGGAGCCCGCUGCCGAACGAACGAUGGCCUCCGAGCAGUUCGACGCCGCCUUGGCUCUAGGCACGGCCGCCCCUCCCGUUCGCGCUCCCCCUGCCCCGACGGACGCCGACGACGAGCGCCAUUUCGGAGCGCCUGCAGUCGAUUCGAACGUGCAGCGCGGUGCGAAGGAAUCGAUGGAGAGCGUCGCGCGAGAAGGGCCUCUGUCCGAGGCCGCGCCUCCGGCGACCGCCAAAUAGGCGCCUGAGCGUUCCAACGUUCGCGGCGCAAACGUCCUCCGGAGCGUUCCAACGUUCGGGAGGACGAUUGAUCUGCCAGCGACGUUCUCUUCGAGCUUUCCCGGCGCUCAAGCGGCCGCGGCGCGUGCCUCUAGAUCUUUCGGAUGUUCGCAUCCCCCAUGUACAUAAGUCCGUUGUCUCCAGAUUUUGUAAAGUCUUCAGGAGGUUUCCCGGCUUCUUUCGAUCGUGCGAUAGGUGCCGGCUGUAAUUCAGGACCGGCCUCUGGAGACAAGAAUGUAAAGUGUGUGGAGAUUCCAUCGCCAUAAAUAGUUCUCAGCUCAUUUCUUCCCUCGAUCGAUACCAUGCAGGCGAGUUCUUCAUCUCAAGCUCUCUGAGCUCCCUCCUCUCUGGCGUGCUUAAGUUUGACUAUUCCAGCAGCUUGUGCCGAGGCCGUAAUUGCCUUGCCUUGAAUUGAGCUGCGCGGAGGGUACUCUGGACCUCUAGCUGGUGGUGCAAGGGGCCCGCCUCUGUUGUUUCUCGAGGCUCCUUGCAGCCUUUUUUUCUCGGUUGCAUUUGUGUCGCAGAUCUCAGUUUUUCUGGGUGCUCUUGUAUCGGCGAGUGCCACGAUCGGAUUCUAUAUCGAGCUUGAAGUACAGUGAGAAAUUCACAAUCCUCGCAAUGGACGAUUCAGGGGAAGUAUAAUCGCAGAACGAAAGGAGCCACGGAAAACACCUGCCUUACGUUAACAGCGGAUGAGUUCUCGACUGACAUCAAUUCCUUUUGUAAUGCGUAGCUCAGAGUACCCCAAGAAAUUUGAUUCAACGUAAACUUAUACUUUAUGACCAGUUUAUGCUAGUUGAGUGGUGAGC